CAAGCCUAUCAUAUCCUUCAGGAUCGUGGUGGUGACUUUCGGUCGUCCCGGUCGUCCGUCCGACGGUCCUCCGUGAUCCGUCUCAUUUCACUUUGCGUUACCGGCAAAUCACCGUUAAACUGGCUACGUAAUACGCAUUUAUUACUUGGCCGGAUUUCUUUAUUACGGUAGAUGCUACUGUAAGGACUUGGCACGAAACAGGACAUCCGAAAAAUGCAGCAGCAAACAGUAAUGGAAGAGGGAACGGCUUACGAGCCACCUACUUACGACGAGACAUUCCCUGUCCUCCCCGAAUCAUCUAGCUCCAAUUCUGGACCGUUAAACAUAUUUUCCAUAAGUAACAACUUACAACUUGGUCGUAUUACUAUUACACAGAUGUUCCGUGUACCAGGGGAAGAACGCAAGUUUGAUCAUAGUGAUAAAUUUGGCGAACGUGAAUCUAUUCGUACAUGUAAAACUAUUAUGAAAGAGACAAGCACUAUUAUCGAAAUUGCAUCGUCUAAGGAUCAGUCUCUAACGUUUCUUAUAACUGGAAAGCAAAAUCAGGUUUUAGAAGCCAAACGACGUAUUCUAACAACGUUUCAAACUCAGGCAAGUAAGCAGAUUAGUAUUCCUAAGGAUCAUCAUCGUUGGAUUCUUGGUAAACAAGGACAGAGGCUAAAAGAUCUAGAGCAGAAAACUGCUACAAAAAUUAAUGUGCCUGGUGUCCAAGAUCAGUCAGAUAUAAUAACAAUUACAGGAACAAAGGAAGGCAUUGAAAAGGCUGAACAUGAAAUUAGAGUUAUUUCUGAUGAACAGUCUAGGAAGGCUUUUGAAAGGAUAACUGUGCCAAAAAUAUAUCAUCCAUUUAUAUAUGGUGCACAUAAUGAAAAUCUCAAUGCUAUGAUGGGAGAAACUGGUGCUCGCAUUAAUAUUCCUCCUGCAUCAGUACAGCAGGAUGAAAUAACCAUCGCUGGUGAGAAGGAAGGAGUCUUGGCUGCAAAACAAAAGAUCGAUAGUAUCUAUAAGGAUAUGGCAAAAAGAUGUACUACAGUAUCUGUAGAAGUUCCCAAAUCUCAGCAUAAGUAUGUAAUUGGGCCUCGUGGUAGCACUAUAGCAGAAAUAUUACAAACAACUGGAGUGAGCGUAGAAAUGCCUGCACCUGACUCAGCAACUGGUACCAUAACUCUUAGAGGACCCCAAGAGAAACUCGGUCAGGCGCUUAACAAGGUAUACGAAAAGGCAAAUAGUGUCCGCACUGCUGUGGUGGAAGCUCCGGUAUGGAUACAUAAGUACAUCAUUGGACGCAAAGGUGUAAAUAUCAAAAAAAUUACUCAAGAAAUGCCAAAAGUAAACGUAGAAUUUACUGGAAAAGAAGAUAAAAUCAAGAUAGAAGGCCCCCCUGAGGAAGUAGAAAAAGCACAAAACGAGUUACAGCUUAUGGCCAAUGAUCUUAUAUCAAAGCUUACUUUCACAGAAUUAAAUGUUGACCCAAGAUUCUAUAAGCAUAUCAUUGGGAAAAAUGGUUGUAAUGUGAAUCGUGUUAAGGAAGGAACGGGUGUAGUGAUUAGUAUUUCUGAAAAUGAUGGCAGUAACGUUAUCCGUAUUGAAGGUAAUCACGCUGGGGUAUCAAAAGCUCAAACGGAACUUGUAGAAAUGGUUAAAAAGCUAGAAAAUGAGAAAGAAAAGGAUGUGAUUAUAGAUCACAGAUAUUAUCGUAACAUAAUUGGUAAUAAAGGAGAUAAUAUCAAAGAAAUUAGAGAUAAAUUUAAUCAAGUACAAAUUAUUAUACCUGGACCAGGUGAAAAAGGAGAUAUAGUGAAAAUUAGAGGACCUAAAGAAGACGUAGAUAAGUGCCAUAAACAUCUAAUGAAGUUGGUGAAAGAACUUAACGAAAGCAAUCAUGUAUUGGAAGUACCUAUUUUUAAACAGUUUCAUAAGUUUGUUAUUGGAAAAGGCGGUGUUAACAUCCGUAAGAUUAGAGAAGAAACGCAAACAAAAAUCGAUUUGCCUGCAGAAGGCGAGAAGAGUGAUGUUAUAACUAUUACCGGAAAGAAGGAAAAUGUGGAAAAAGCGAAAGAAAUGAUACAAAAGAUUCAAAAUGAAUUGGCUAAUAUCGUUACCGAAGAGAUCACUAUUCCACCAAAGUUUUACAAUUCUCUUAUUGGUACCGGAGGUAAAUUGAUACAUUCUAUUAUGGAAGAUUGCGGAGGUGUCACGAUCAAAUUCCCUACGGCAGAAAGUAGAAGUGAUAAGGUCUGCAUCAGAGGCCCAAAAGACGAUGUGGAGAAGGCAAAAGCACAGCUCUUAGAACUAAGUAAUGAAAAGCAAUUAUCUAGUUUCUCGGCUGAAGUACGUGCCAAAGUUCAACAUCAUAAAUUCCUUAUUGGAAAGAAUGGUGCCAACAUCAAAAAGAUAAGAGAAUCCACAGGUGCACGAAUUAUGUUCCCGACGGAGGAAGAUCAAGAUAAGGAAGUGAUUACAAUUAUGGGAAAGAAAGAAUCGGUUGAGAAGGCUAAAGCCGAUUUAGAAGCUACGAUUAAAGAGAUUGACAAUAUUAUCGAGGGCGAAAUUCGUAUCGAUCCUAAGCAUCACAGACAUUUUGUAGCACGAAGAGGCGGUGUACUGCACCGAAUUGCUGACGAAUGCGGUGGUGUGCAGAUUUCAUUCCCUCGGGCAGGUGUCGAUAGCGAUCGUGUUAGUUUGAAAGGCUCGCAUGAGUGUAUUGAAGCGGCGAAACAACGAAUGCGAGAAAUCGUUCAGGAAUUAGAAUCUAUGGUAACAGUGGAAUGCAUAAUACCGCAAAGACAUCAUCGUACAGUAAUGGGUGCAAAGGGUCGCAAAGUGCAAAAUAUAACAUCUGAAUAUGAUGUGCAAAUUAAAUUCCCCGAUCGCGACAUAUACGAUGAGCAAAAAGCGCCAGAACAAAUUAACGGUGAAAAUGGAGAAGGUGUGGAAAUUAUUCCAGCUUGCGAUAUAAUUCGUAUUACCGGUCAACCUGAAAACGUUGCUGCCGCUAAGCAAGCUUUACUUGAUCUCGUCCCUAUCACGAUUCAAGUUGAUGUUCCAUUUGAUUUCCAUCGUUCGAUAAUUGGCCAGAAAGGUAAAGAUGUGCGUGAAUUAAUGAAUACAUAUGACGUACACAUCAUGCUUUCUCCAGCGGAGGAAAAGUUGGAUUACAUCAAAAUUUCUGGGACACCAUCCUGCGUUCAAAGUGCCAAGGAAGCUAUCCUUGAAAAAUGCGAGGCUUUGAAGGCCGAACGAGAAGAUCGAGCAUUAAAAUCGUUUGAAUUAAAGCUUGAAGUUGAUCCGGAAUAUCAUCCAAAAAUUAUUGGGCGAAAAGGAGCGGUGAUCAGUAAAAUACGUAGUGAUCACGACGUUCAAAUUAUCUUCCCGCGCAAGGGUGAUUCCGAGGAACAUAUUAUUACAAUAAUGGGAUAUGAGAAGAAUGCAUUCAGUGCACGAGAUGAUAUUAUGAAGAUUGUCAAUGAAUUGAAUGGUUUAACAAAAGAGGAAGUGCAGAUACACGCUGCAGUUCAUUCGCGUUUGAUCGGUGCAAAAGGUAGAAAUAUCCGUAAAAUAAUGGAGGAAUUUAAAGUUGAUAUAAAGUUUCCGAGAAAAACCGAUGCUGACCCCAAUAUCGUAACGAUCGUGGGAGCGGAAGACAAAGUAGCCGAAGCGAGGGAACGUUUGCUGAAUCUAGAGGAGGAAUACAUGCAAGAUGUGAUAGAAAACGAAUAUCGUGAAAGUUUACGUUCCCCUCAACGCGAUGACGGUAGCAACAUCGGUGGCAGUGAGAAUGAUACCGGUUUCAUCGUGAAAGGAGGACCGUGGGAACAGCAACAGCAGCCUCAAAGCGCACCGAAUACAGCUAGUGUAGAAGAAUUCCCGCAAUUCGCUGGUUACUCUCAUGUACCCGUUGUAACUCCAGACGGCCCUUGGGGAAUUAAGCGUUAAACUAUAAAUCCAAAAAAAUUCACACUAAAAACCAAUUGAUGAAACCUAAUAAGCUAACAAGAUGUAAGGUAACUUUCCUCUGACAAACGGUAUGUAAAACACAUAUGAGCGUACACAUAACACAUACACAUAUGAAACACAUCUUACACUUGCAUAUGCACUUGUGUUGGGUGGUUCCCUGUUCCAUUACUGACGUUGUUGCUGCAUACGACCUGGCCAUUCUAUUGGACUCUGACACUGGUUUACUACACACAACGUUUGACGACGAUGUUUAUAUUUACAAUUCAUAAUACCGAUGUCCUAUGUAUCUGUAACUGUAAUGCAUGUUGUCCUGAGUUCGUCGCCAUGUCACUCGGUCCAGUCGGACGUAUACAUGUACAUCGUGUACGAUUUAAUAGCUUUCAUUUUUAAUGAUAUGCUUUCCAGGUACAGAUAUGUUGUACUUAAGACUGUGGCUUCGUGGGAAAUAAUCGGGUCAGCGUUCUGUGGAAGAAGACUGAAUCCUCAAAAAUUCCGAAGUAGAAUUAUUCUACAGUAUUUUCUAUUCUACAGAAAUGCAAAUUGUCCGUGAACACAAUUUGUAUUCUACGAUUAAAUUUUUGUGUAUUAGUUUUUUCCCGCAGAAACUGGCCGAUUUAUUCGUGUAUUAUAUUAUUUUCACAGAUAAUCUUUGUACUACGUAUGGAUCACUAACAGUCAUACGUUGAUCUUAGCAUAAUAAUUUGUUAAUUUAUUUAUAUCUUUUUUGUACAUAUAUCACAUUUUCUCGUUAUUUUGUGCCACUUAAGUGAAGUGGUUUCUAAACUACAUCACAAUUGUUGAAAUUUAUAUUAUAAAAUUUUCAUGAAUCAAAAAAAGAGGAAACGUAGGGGCUUUCUAGGGAAAAGUUUGUUCCUUAGAGGGAUUACGCAAUUUUUAAUUACAUUAAUUAUUACCAACUCGACUUACGUCUCCGUGAUUUUAAUACAAAUGAGAGAUCUGUCGAUGCAUUGAAUGCAUACUUAUCAAUAAUGAUGUCCAAAUAAUAAGAUUUGUAAUCAGAGGUUGGAACCAGUAUAAUCUUCGUAAAUGAAAUUUUUGAUGCUGUAUAGAAACAGGAAAAUGUGUUUUAUGCCAUUUCUCACAUUUGCAUUGUUCUCAGUAUAUAGAAAUCAUUUUCUUGUACCUGUAACAUCAAAAUGAAUUAUUAUACUAUUUUUAAUCAUUAUAAAAAAUCAAUGUUGUAUGUUCAAGAAACACGAUAUUUAGAAGGCCUUGAUCCCGCGUCGCUUAUUCAUUAAGGCUACGUUCCGCCGCAUAAUGCCAUGAUGUAUCAUUUAUCCUUGUUUAACACUGUGAACAAGUAUAAAAUGAUACCUCAAGCGCAUUAAUGCGUGCAAUGGAACGCAGCCCAAAAUAUAUGUGAAAUCGGCACUCUGCAGAGAAUGGUCAAAUUAAAUCUGUUGAAUGAUGUUAUGAAUAGUGAACGAUACACGAAUUCCUUUCGAUAGCCGGCUUUAUUUAUUUGUUCUACUUUACCAUUUUGUACACCGUUUGAUGUGCAAGUCUUUGCAUUCUACUAUUUAUGAGGCCAACUAGCUAAGAAAAGGAUAUUCAGUUCAAGUGCCUUGUCUAUUUUCUUCGAGACAGCUCAUUUCAAUUGUUGGAGGAAUGUGAAUAAUAGAUUAUACAUAUAUAAAUAAAAAAUACAAUAUAUGUGUAUACAUAUACAUAUAUAUUGUAUUUAUCCGGGAUAUCUGAAAAUCACUGGAUGAUAGAUACUCUUAGAGAUUCCUCUCACGAAUUCUCAAUGUAAUAGUCAAUAGUUUCGAAUUAAGUCUUUUACAAGCUAUUUUGUAUUUUUGAAUCUCAUUUGCGAAAAAAUACAUUUUUAAUGGAUCGCUAUUUUGAAACUAUCGAUGCUUCGAUAUUUUCAAUAAAUAAAAUAUUAAAUAAUAUAUUUUAUCUAUCCGUAAAGUAUCAUCUAGUGAUUUUAGGACAGCCUGUAUAUAUACACAUCACAUGUAAACACAUAUAUAGAUAUUGAUAAUAAUUAUUCUAUACAAUAUGUAAUAUGUAAUAGAAGAGAAAGAAAGAGGUAAUAGGUACCAAUGUCGGUACAUUGAUACACUACUAUUAUGUGAAUGAAAUAAUAGGAUUAUCAUGUAUACAGAAAUUCACUUAUAUUUUUUAGAUUUACAGUAAUUUUUAUAAAUCUACUUGGUACGGCGACCUAUGUGUCAUCUCCAAUGCAUGGUAAAUGUAAGGAAAAGCCAGAAUUAGUAAAUUUUAAUAUGCUUAGUUUUGGCUAAGAAUUUCAUAGAUGCUGUGCAUGAAUAUAAUUUUCUAAUGAGUUAUAAUAAAAUAUAUUGUAAUUACAUAAAACAAUAUUCUCUGUACACAUAAGUAAAUAAUGUUAUAACACAUGGAUUAUAUUGUAA